AUGUCUUACCCGCAGUUGGGAUACCACUGCUCCUCGACACCGCAGUUCCUGAUGGCAACCAAUUCUUUGACGGCUUGCUGCGAGUCCAGCGGCAGAGCUGCUGUUGGAGGAGGAGUGAUGGCAGCUUCCCCACAGACGCCGGUGUAUUGCCCGGUUUAUGAGAGCCGGCUUCUGGCCAGGCAUGAUCUCAGCCCCGCCGGUUCUCUAUACGGGAAUCCCUACCCCAGAAGCCAAGGCUACGGGAAUUACGUUACCUACGGGACAGACGCUUCAGCCUUCUACCCCCUGAGCGCAUUUGAAGCCAAAGACGGGGGCGUCUCCGCGCCUGCCGGCAUCCCCCCCGCUGCCGCCUGUUACCCCUGUGACUCCGCUUUGGGACAAUACUCAUACGACAGAUACGGAUCGAUGGAUGCCGGGGCGCGGAGGAAAAACGCCAGCCGCGAAACAACGAGUACGCUGAAAGCCUGGCUCAACGAUCACCGCAAAAACCCGUACCCCACCAAGGGGGAAAAGAUCAUGCUGGCAAUCAUCACCAAGAUGACCCUCACCCAGGUGUCCACCUGGUUCGCCAACGCCCGCAGGAGACUGAAGAAGGAGAAUCAAAUGACAUGGCCCCCACGGACCAAAAGCUCCGACGACAAGAGCUAUGAUGACGAUGAAGAAGAUGGUGAACUAAUCAAAGGCGAAAACAGAGACCAUGAGCAUCAAGCACUGGGAGAAAAAGAUUUCCGACUAAGUGAUAUGGAGGAUUUCCAUUCGAUCGCUUCAGGAAGCCCUAACAGCGAGCUAAAGCACCCGUAUCCAAGGACAGAUUACCCGCAUGGUCGCCCCAAAGUAUCCCCGGGACCAGCCUGUACCGAGGACGGGGAUCUGACCAAAAGCUGCUUGCGAAGAUUUCCAGACAGCUGCGAAGGAAAUAUUAACGGCAGAGGGCUGACAGAAAUAGUUUAUAGGGAGGAAUCACAAACCAACAAGCCGAAAAUAUGGUCUCUGGCACAUACGGCCAUUUCUUUGAACCCAGCCGAAUAUCCAUCCUGCAUGCAUAAAUGUGCGUCGCCAGUGUCCAACUCUGUGAAAAGCACGGACAGGCAACAGGAUUCCCCAGUAGCCACUUUGAGGAGCUGGGUUGACGGGGUCUUCCAUGACCCGUUAUUUCGGCACAGAUCUGUAAACCAGGUGCUGGUUAAUACCACGGUAUCUGGAGCCUCGACAAAAUGCGCUGUAGUGGAGGCGUCUGCAAUCUGCGACUCAUCUUUCGGCGUGAUGAAGGAGCAAGUAGCGUCAAUAAAGCAUCAACAGCCAAAUAAAUACUUGUCGGAUUUUCCGAAACCAGGAAGCAAACUGUUUUUCUCUUAUUAA